AUGGCUUUGGUGAGUGAUUUCGAUGAGCUUGGGAGAGUGAUUGGGAGGGUGAGGUGGAGAAUGGUUAGAAAGGGUUUUCACAACAAGCUUCGACAUCUCGCAGCUUUGGUUCGUUGUGGGGGGGGAUUUGUGGCGAGGAGGUUUGGGCAUCACCGUGAUGGUGGAGGUGAUGGGUUAGGGCUUGCACAGUACCUCAAGGCUGGCUGCGCGAGCAUGGCACUAGAGAGCGCAAGGAUCGUGGAUGGGGCAUGA